AUGACUGCUCCAAGAGACAUCAGAGCACUAAUUUGUUACUUCAAGAUUUUGAUUUUAACAUGGCAGUUGACACGAAAGAAUUGGACUCUUCCUGAUAUUUUCCAUUAUGUUGUUCAAAGACAUCCAGAAAAACCAUGCUUUUUAUUUCAAGAUGAAAUUUGGACUUUUAAAGAGGUAGAAGAUUUCAGUUUACGUGUUUCAGCUGUGCUAAAAGCAAAAGGUGUUAAGAAUGGCAAUAUUGUUGGUCUCUUUGUGAAUAAUUGCCCUCAAUUGCCAGCACUAUGGCUUGGAAAUGCCAGAUUGGGUGGUAUAACACCAUUGAUCAACACCAAUCAAAGAGGCAAUGCAUUAAUUCACUCAAUUAAUGUUGCCAAAUGUGAUAUUUUGAUAUUUUCAGACCAAUAUCAAGCAGCCGUACAAGAGAUUGCCAGCCAGCUUGAUCCCUCAAUUAAACUGUUUAAAUUUACGCACCGUCCAUUAAACUGCUCACAAUCAAGCGCAAAGGGUGGUGGCGAUGAAAUUGGCGAUUUCACCACUAUGUUGGAAACCACGCCACCAGCCCCAUGGAGUCUGGCGGACGCCCAGGGUUUCCACGGGAAACUCUUAUACAUUUAUACGUCUGGAACAACUGGGCUGCCUAAAGCCGCUGUCAUAUCCAAUUCUAGGUUCGUGUUCAUGGCCUCGGCCAUCCAUCACAUGCGUCUCAAUUCUUCGGACACGAUAUACUGUCCCCUGCCGCUGUACCACACCGCCGGCGGCGUUAUCAGCGUGGGCCAGGCCCUCAUCUUCGGCUGCACAGUCGCCCUGAAGCCCAAAUUCUCGGCGUCCCAGUAUUUCCCGGACUGCGCGAAGUUCAAGGCCACGGUUGCGCACUACAUCGGCGAGAUGUGCCGCUACGUACUAGCCACGCCGCCUUCUGCUGCCGACACGGAGCACAGCGUUCGCGUCAUCUUCGGCAACGGAUUGAGGCCACAGAUUUGGAACGAGUUCGUGAAGCGCUUUAAUAUCAAGUAUGUACUGGAGUUCUAUGGCGCUACAGAAGGCAAUGCCAAUAUAGCUAAUACUGAUGGGACGCCUGGCGCAAUUGGUUUCGUCUCCCGCAUCUUGCCCAGUAUAUACCCCAUUGCCAUCAUCAAAGUUGACCAGGAGACAGGGGAGCCCAUCAGGGACUCUAGAGGUCUUUGUCAGCUGGCGAAUCCAGAGGAGCCGGGCGUGUUCAUCGGCAAGAUCUCGCCGAACAACCCGACGCGCGAGUAUUUGGGCUACGUGGACAAGUCCGCCUCAGAGAAGAAGAUCGUUAGGGACGUGUUCAAGUACGGCAACUCCGCCUUCAUAUCGGGCGACAUACUGGUAGCGGACGAGUUCGGCUACCUUUACUUCAGGGAUCGAACCGGCGACACGUUCCGAUGGCGCGGCGAGAACGUCAGCACCACGGAGGUGGAGGCGGCCAUCUCCCGCGCGGCCGACCACCGGGACGCCGUGGUCUACGGAGUACUAGUGCCCAAUACGGAGGGGCGUGCCGGGAUGUGCGGCAUAGUGGACGCGGACGGCACGCUGCAGCUGGAGCGGCUGGCGCGCGACCUGGAGCGGGAUCUGCCCGCCUACGCCAGGCCCGUCUUCAUCCGCGUCAUGACCAGCGUCGACAUGACCGGUACAUUCAAGAUGAAGAAAGUCGACCUGCAGAAAGAAGGCUUCGACCCUAGUUUGAUGAAAGGGGACAAACUGUACUACUUAGACCUGAAGCAAGGUUGUUAUUUGCCGCUAGGCAGCGAGGAGUACGAGAAAAUAUGCAAUGGACUUUUAAGGCUA